AUGUAUCAAAAUAAACAUAGUAUUUUUCUUAUUAUACUUUUGGGUUUCAUUAUCCAUAAAUAUUAUUGUAAAGAACAAACAUAUGAACAUAAACCAAAUAAACCAUUACGUUUUCAUGUUGCUGAAUUUAAUUUUGAUCAUGUAUCAGAUGUUUAUGCUAUAACAUUAUGGAUUUUACUUGGUUCAUUAGCUAAAAUUGGUUUUCAUUUAUCACAUCGUUUAACAGAAAAAUUUCCUGAAAGUUGUCUUUUAAUUAUUCUUGGUCUUAUUGUUGGCGGACUUUUGUAUGUUACUCAUUUAACGGAACAAAAAGCUUAUGUACUUAAUAGUGAUACAUUCUUUUUGUUUCUAUUACCACCAAUUAUUCUUGAAGCUGGUUAUUUUAUGCCAAAUCGUCCUUUUUUCGAUAAUCUUGGUACAAUUUUAUUACUUGCUAUAGUUAAUACAUUAUUUAAUACAAUAUGUAUUGGUCUUACAUUAUGGGGUUUUCAAUUUACACCACUUUAUGGUGGUACUGAAUUUGAAAUGUUACCCUGUCUUGUAUUUGCUGCACUUAUAUCAGCUGUUGAUCCUGUUGCUGUAUUAGCAACAUUUAGUGAAAUACACGUUAAUGAUAUGCUUUAUAUUGUCGUAUUUGGGGAAUCUUUACUUAAUGAUGCUGUAUCAGUUGUUUUAUAUCGUAUGUUUGCUUCAUUUGCUAAUAUUGGCCAACCUAAUAUUAUUGUAAUGGAUAUCGUAUUGGGUUGUUUAUCAUUUUUUGUUGUUGCACUUGGUGGUGUUUUAAUUGGAAUUAUAUUUGGUGUUAUUGGAUGUUUUACAACAAAAUUUACUGAACAUACACCUGUACUUGAACCACUUAUUGUUCUUGUUUAUGCUUAUUUAGCUUAUCUUACAUCAGAAAUGGUUUCCGUAUCAGGUAUUUUAGCUAUAACAUUUUGUGGUAUGGUUAUGAAACAAUAUGUUUCAUUUAAUAUUUCGAAAAAAUCUGAUGCAACAACUGAAUAUGUUCUUAAAAUGUUAUCAAGUAUUAUGGAAACAAUUAUAUUUAUGUUUAUGGGUUUAUCAACAGUUAGUGAUAGUCAUUCAUGGAAUACAGGUUUUGUUUUUAUGACAGUUCUUCUUUGUCUUGUUUUCCGAGUUAUCGGUAUUGCAAUCUUUGCUAAUAUAGCUAAUUGUUGGCGUUUACUUGAAUUAACACGUAUUGAUAUGUUAAUUAUGUCAUAUGGUGGUUUACGUGGUGCAAUUGCAUUUGCUCUUGCACUUGUUCUUGAUGAAGCAAAAAUUGCACGAAAAAAAGAAUUUGUUACAGCAACAAUUGCUGUUGUCUUUUUUACUGUUUUUAUACAAGGUAUUACAAUUGGUCCACUAGUUAAAUUAUUAAAUGUAAGACGAAAACAAAUUGAAGAACCAACAAUGUCAGCUAAAUUAACAAAUCGAAUGAUGGAUCAUGUAAUGACUUGUUUAGAAGAAAUAUCUGGUAGUGGUGGAAGUAAUUCAUUACGUGAUCGAGUACGAAAUCUUGAUCGAAAUUACUUCAAACGUUGGUUAUUACGUGAACCACCAGAUAGAAAAGAUAUUAAAUUAUUACAAACAUUUAAAAAGAUUAAUACGUUAACAGCUAUGAGAGUUCAUGAUACAGCUCGAGGACUUGUACCAUCAGCAUCAACUGCAACUGUACAACAAGGAAUGCCAGAACAUCAUCAUUUAAGAUCACAUUCAGCCUAUGGAAAUGUUUCAGAACUUAUUGCUGCAAAUCUACCAGAAAAUACUGUACCAGAUUUAAUGUCUUAUGAAAAUCAUGAAGGUGAACAUCAUCAUAAUGAUGCAGAAAUGCAUCAUUUUCUCGAUACAAAUCUUUAUUCUGCAAGACCAAGAGCAGCUAUACAUCUUCGAAAUCAAGAUGAAACUGGAAGUUCAGAUGAUGGAACACAUGCUCGUUUUGAAAAAUCAUAUCAUCAUCGUGAUCAGAGAUAUUUACCAACUAGACUUGAGAGGGAACUACCACAUGGACCUAAAACAAUUAGUAAAACUGUUCAUAAUGCUAAUCGACCAAUAGGAUUAAAAAAUUCGUCACCUAAACAUACGCGUUCACCACCUACAACACAUCAGCAACUAAAUCCUCGAUCACGAUCAAGAUCAAUAGCAGCACAUCAAAAUUCGCCUAUACCAUCUGGGCAACGAACUAAAUCUAUUUCAAAAGAUAGUCGUAUUUCGCCGUUAGCUUCUACGCAUAUUGAAAAUGAAGGUACUGGAAGAACAGCUGUUGAACGUAGUCGUCCAUGGCGUCAUUUAUCAGUUACUGAGGAAACAGGAGCAUCAUCUUCGAAAACUGCAAACAUACCAUUAGCCAAUGGAAAUGAUCCUAAUCUUCAUCAUAUACCAUUAACAGUUGCAGAUUUUGGUGGUACAUAUACAAAAUCACCUGAAUAUAUGGGUGAAUAUGCAACAACAACAAAACCAGAAGAACCAUCUUCACGACCAGAUGUUCGUGAUAUAUUUAAUAAACAAUCAGAUGAUGUAUCUGAACAACAAGAUGAUGGUUCUACUGAAAGCAUUACUCGCUUGUGA